AUGGGAAAAGAAACAAGAAUCGCUCCUAAAGAUAAAGUUGCCAUCAUCGGUUCUGGCAACUGGGGUUCGGUAGUAGCAAAAAUUGCAGGCCACAAUGUAAAACGAUCCUCUACCUUUCAUCAUGAAGUAAGAUUGUGGGUAUUCGAGGAAUUCGUCGAAGGUCGUAAACUCACCGAGAUUAUCAAUGAACGACAUGAAAAUGUAAAAUAUUUACCCGGACACAGGAUUCCCGAGAAUGUGGUGGCGUUUUCCAAUUUGUUGGACGCCACAAGAGAUGCCACCAGUUUGAUUUUUGUUUUGCCUCAUCAGUUCGUAGAAAACGUAUGCAGCCAACUAAAAGGCCACAUUAACCCGAAUGCCAAGGCCAUAUCACUAGUUAAAGGUUUCAACACAACCGAUUCUGGUAUUCAACCUAUAUCUCAUUUAAUCAGGGAACACCUUCAAUUACCUGUGUGCACUCUGAGUGGUGCCAAUAUUGCCAAUGAAAUUGCCGAAGAAAAAUUUUCGGAAACUACGAUCGGAUAUGAAUCACAAGGGGACGGUAAAUUAUUCAAAGAACUUUUAGAAACUCCAUACUUCCGUGUGGGUCUUGUAAAUGAUGUUGUGGGUGUGGAGUUGUGCGGUGCAUUGAAAAAUGUGAUCGCCAUCGGUGCGGGUAUUGUCGAUGGCCUGAAAAUGGGCGAUAAUACUAAGGCGGCGAUUAUCAGGAUCGGAGUGUUGGAGAUGAGAUCUUUUAUCAAGAGAUUUUAUGAGGGCAUUAAGGAUGAGACGUUUUUCCAUAGCUGUGGACUAGCGGAUGUUAUUACCAGCUGUUACGGUGGAAGGAACCGAAGAGUUGCAGAAGCUCACGUGGUCACCGGAAAGUCAUUUGAAGUACUAGAGAAAGAACUUCUCAACGGUCAAAAAUUACAAGGCACUCUUACUGCCAAGGAACUAAACCGGGUGAUAGCUCACGAUGGGUUAGAAAAUGAAUUCAAAUUAUUCACCGCCAUUUAUCGAGUAAUAGUUGAAGGUUUACCGCCGCAGAAGAUUUUUGAAUAUAUUUUGUAA